ACUACUACUACUAAUAAUAAUAAUUCAAUAUUAAAUGAGAACAAUUCUAAUUUAUCACUAUCUAAUGGAAUAACAUAUAAUCAAUCAAUAUUUUAUAAUCCUACCAUCAAUACUACUAAUAAUGAUAAUGAUAGUAGUAGUAGUAGUGCUACUACUACAAGUACUACUAUUACUACUACUAGUAGUAGUGGUAGAAAUCCAAAAUAUAAUGAUCCAUAUACAUAUACAUUAACACAGAAUUCAAAUGAUUUAACUAAACAACAUAUUACAUCAUCCUUAUCAAAACUUACACCUUUCAAUUUAAUCAAUAAAUUAGAUCCUAUAAAUGUAAAUUUACAUUUAAUCAAUACUAUGAUCCCAUCAAAUGAUCCUAAUCAUCAUCAUCAGCAGCAUCAUCAUGAUCAUGAUCAUGGAAUCAAUCAAAAUACGACUACUAAUGAUGAAGAUGAUAUCAGUAGUCAUAGUAAUAAUAGUAGUAUAAGUGAAAAUGAUAUCAUUUCUAAUAAAUCAUCUCUAUCUAUUAAUUAUGAUGAUAAUAAUAAUAAUAUAGAAAUGAUUAAAUAUGAAAAAAAUAAUCAAUAUCCAAUUAAUCAAUAUCAUCAUUAUAUGAAUCAAUCAAUAAAAAGAAAGAAAAAGUUAAAUUAUUCUAAUCAAAAUGAUGAAAUGAUAGAAGAGAAUGAAUUAAAUUAUGAAAUUUAUCAAAAAACUCAAUCGAUUCAACCAUAUCAAACACAAAUGAAAUCACAACGUACAAUUAAAUCAAAUCCUGAUCAACAUAAUGAUAAAUCAUCUUCUCAUAUUAAACGACCAAUGAAUGCUUUCAUGAUAUGGGCAAGAGAUGAAAGAAGAAAAAUUUUAAAAGCAUGCCCUGAUAUGCAUAAUAGUAGUAUAUCUAAAUUUCUCGGAGCCAAAUGGAAAUCUAUGAGUGCUGAAGUGAAACAACCAUAUUAUGAAGAACAAGCUCGAUUAAGUCGUCAACAUAUGGAAGAACAUCCAGCUUAUCGUUAUAGACCACGUCCAAAGCGUACAUGUAUUGUUGAUGGUCGAAAAUUACGUAUAUCUGAAUAUAAAGAAUUAAUGCGUUCAAGAGGUGAUUCAUCACGUAGACAAUGGAUUGGUUCAACAGAUGAACAAGCUCAAAAAAUUGUAGAAGAUAUUUUAGAUAAUACACUUUCAUCUAUACCACAAUUAAGUCCAUCAUUAAGUCCAAUGAAUGAAUAUGAUAAAGAGUUAUUAUCUUCUAAUAAAAAUGAUAAUAUCAAUCAAAAUAUACCAAUGAUCUAUUCAGAACAAUCUAUCAUGAAGAAAAAUGAACAAACUAGGCCAGAACGAAGAAGAAGAAGAAGAAGAAGAAGAAGAGAAAGAAGAAGAAAAACAACAACAAAAGAUUAAAAAAGAAAAUGAUUCAAUACAAACGAAACGAAUAUUCAAUGAUAGAACGGAUCAUGUGACUAUAACAGAAAACAAAGAAGAAAGAGAAAACGAAAAAGAAAAUAAAGAAAAAGGAAAACAACAACAACAGGGAGAAAUCGAAAUAGAAGAAUCAAUCAAAACUUGCAAAAUUGAAUUGGACACUGAUAAAGAUGAUAAUCAUAUGUGCCUUAGUAAUACAUCAAAUUCAUGAUCUCAUCAAUUGAUUCAUCAAUACAGUCCCUGAAAUCUUGCAAAAUAUAUUGAAUAACCUUCUUUUUUUUUCUUCUUCUUCUGAAUACAAGAUGAUACUACUUAUUAUUAUUAAAAAUAAAAAUUGAUUUUUUUCGUUUCUCUCUUCUAAACAUAAACUUUCGAUGAGAUUCUCAUUUAUGAACGAACCAAUCAGAGUGGAGAGAAUAGGCCUUCAAAUUUUCGGCGCGAAAUUCAUUGGUUCAUUUAGAUAAAACAGAGUUUUGAUAUGAUAGCUGAUAUAUUAUAGUUCAUGAUCAAAAACAUUAACUAUUAACUAUAAAUCAUGAUCUUUAUUCUUUAUAACAAAUUUAUAAUCCUCGUUUGAUUCUAGUGUGUUUAGGUGAGGUGAACAUUAUCAAGGUCAGUCUAAUGUCAUUUAAAGAGCAUUUAUAAAUUAUAAUCUCAUUUAAAUUUCUUCAAAAUGAUUAUGUAAUCAUUUGAUUAGAAUGUAUCAUUGUUUCUAUAGUAACAUUCUAUUUCACCCUUUCUCUCUCUCUCUCUCUCUCU